AUGGGAAGGAGAUCAAAAAAAAUACGAAAACGGUUUGUGAAACAUAAACGCCAAAAACUUGAUAAUAUUUUUGAUUGUAUUCUUUGUUAUGAAGAGAAAUGCGUUGAAGUCAAAAUGCAGAUAAUUGAAGGUAGGGGUGCUGGAUAUUUAAGAUGCAACCACUGCGAAGCAAGAUUUGAAUCAGAUAUCUAUGAUUUUAGCGAUAAAAUAGAUGUCUAUUUUGAUUGGGUAGAUAAUCUUGACGUUACUGACAGACAUCACUAUUCAGAUGCAGAUGACGACGAUGAUUUAAGCAUCCAGCAAAAAUCAAAGUCGGUAAAUUCAAAAGGUAAAAAUCGUGCAUCUAAUUCAUACACAUACGAUGAAUAUCCACGAGUUGUUUUUGAUGAUGAAAUCGGUGAAGGAUCUAAUAGUCGUCGUGAAUGA